AUGGCAAACGUCGCUCCGCCACCUGCGAGUGAACGAAAGCGCGUCAAGGUAUACGAGCUCAAGAAUAAUGACUGGUUCGACAGAGGGACUGGUUUCUGCAAGGGCGUAGUAACAAGCCAAGAGGAAGCGAGAAUCGUGGUCCUAUCCGAGGACGACCAGUCGCGACAAUUGCUCGAAACGCGCAUCUCCAAAGAUGACGGCUACCAGAAACAGCAGGACACACUCAUCGUAUGGACCGAGCAGAAUGGCACCGACAUGGCCCUCAGCUUCCAGGAGCCAGAGGGCUGCGCCAGCAUAUGGGACUUUGUGAAUGAAGUUCAAUCGCGGCUGCAAGCACUCGCUCAGGACGAUGGUCGUUCAGAUGACAUCGAUCACAUUAGUCCUAUAUUACUCCCAAGUCCCGAUCUUAGCAACCUCCACGAGAUCGAGAACCACAUGCGCGCUGCAAACUCGACGCCGGGCGGUCGUGAAGCCCUGGCCAAGUUCAUACUCGCCCAGGACUACAUUCCGAAACUCAUCCCACUGGUGGACAUGGCCGAAGACCUCGAAAGUGUCUCAGACCUACACCGCUUAUGCAGCAUCGUAAAGAUGCUCAUCUUGCUCAACGACACCGCCAUCAUCGAAUACGUCGUAACAGACCCGGUGGUUUUGGGCGUCGUUGGGGCAUUGGAGUAUGACCCAGACUUCCCCCUACACAAAGCCAAUCACCGACAAUACCUCGCGGACGAGUCCAAGUUCAAGGAGGUCGUGCGGAUAGAGGACGAAAACAUAAAACGGAAGAUACACUACACGUACCGCCUCCAGUAUCUCAAGGAUGUUGUUCUCGCGCGCAUCCUCGACGAUCCUACAUUCAGUGUUCUCAACUCGCUCAUAUUCUUCCACCAGGUUGACAUCGUCCAGCAUCUCCAAGCGAACGGCCCAUUCUUGAAGGAGCUUUUUAGCAUUUUCUCACCCAAGGAGCAGAACUUGGCGCGAAAGAAGGAUGCCGUACUAUUUAUCCAGCAAUGUUGCGCCAUUGCGAAGAGCUUGCAGGCGAAUGUCAGGGCGCAGCUAUACCAAAACUUCAUCAGCAGUGGCCUACUUGAAGUAAUCCAAUUUGCUCUCAAGCACCAGGACGCUUCGGUUCGCGUCGCAGGAACCGAUAUACUCGUGUCCCUGAUCGACCAUGACGCGCUGAUGGUGCGGAGUUACAUCUUCAAGGCCAUCCAGGAGAAGUCCAAGCCGCUCACUGAUACCUUGAUCGAACUGCUCCUCAUCGAGGUGGACCUCGGGGUCAAGGCGCAGAUGGCUGAUGCGAUCAAGAUCCUACUUGACCCCAACGCCAACUCAGCUUCCAUUGAAGCGCUCGGACGGACGAACAGCGACUUCCUUGCCAAGAUGAGGGGGCAAUUGCCAUCCAUACCUCAAACAGAUUCCUUCAUACAGAAUUUCUACGACGAGUCUGCAAGGAAAUUAUUCCAGCCCCUGAAAGAUUUAGAGGGCCGGGAAUCAAUGGAUGACCUAUCGAUGCAGGAAGUGUCACUAUACGCCCAUCUCGUCGAGGUUUUGUGCUUCUUCAUCCGCCAGCAUUCCUUCCGCAGCAAAUACUUUAUCCUGUCAGAAGGUUUGGCGGUGCGGGUUGCCCAGCUUAUGGGCUGCCCGGAGAAGCACCUGAAGCUCACUGCGCUCAAGUACUUCCGCACUGUGCUCGGUUUUCACGACGAGACGCAUAACCGCCAGAUUAUCCAACACGAACUUUUCGAACCAAUCUUGAAGAUACUCUUCGACACUAUGCCUCGCGACAACCUCCUCAACUCGGCAUGCUUGGAGUUGUUCGAAUUCAUCAGACGCGAGAACAUCAAGAUGAUCGUCCAACAUCUUGUCGAGACGUACAGAGAAAAGCUACAGGACAUUACAUACGUUGAUACGUUCCAGAACCUGAUUCUCAAGUACGACCAGAACCAUGAGCCGGUAACGACCCAAGAGAUGGACAACUCCUUCACAAGUGUGGACAGCGACACACCCGCGCGACAUGCCACCGCUAUCAACGGUGGUAAGUGGGGUCAAGGUCUGAAAGAGGUGGAUCAAGAUGAAGAGGCUUACUUCAAUACGUCAGAUGACGAAGAAGACCAUCUGUCUGGGGCCGGAAAACUUGCCAUGAACGGCGCAUCGCCAGUGCGACCUCUAGUGAACUAUCCAGAUGACGAUGCGGACGAUGCUGAUAUGGAUGACCUGGCAGCUGAUAUGCCCGCAUCUGCACGCAAGAUGUCCGCAAUCCAAACACCAGAGGAAAGCACUUCACCAAGCUCAGCAUCCGCAGGAUCACCACCAGAGCGGAUAUCGGAGAAGCGCCGCAGAGAGGAAGACGAAGAGGACGAGCUACUCGCAAGCAUUUCCACCUCUGCCGGACCCAAGCGGCGCGCUUCUACAUCCAGCAACGCUAGUUCUGGAAGCUUGCGGAGUUUGCGUAGAAAGUCGCCUAAUGUAAAUUCAGGCAAGGAUAGUGGUGGUACGCCAAAGAAGAUUUCAUUGUCAAUACCACUCAAGAGUAGUGGUGAGGGUGGCGAAAGCGAAUAG